AGGCGACUGGUCGGGUUCUCAUCGCCUUAGCGCCAUGAGCCAUGGGCGCAACUGCCAGCGUCGAGGCCCCGGCGGCGGAGGAGCUGAAGCGGCUCUUCGACAAGCACGACGUCACCGGCUCCGGGAACUUGGAGCGGCAGGAGGCCUAUGCUUUGAUCGAAGACCUGCGACUGCGCUACGGCAUGGAGGAGGAGCUGCCGGACUCCUUCAAGGAUGCCGUCUUUGAGGACUUCGACAAGGACCACGCUGGCACCUGGAGUUGGCACGAUGUGCGGGUGCUGAGCGGCGACGGAUGGCAGGCCAUGCGUCGGCGCCUGCAACGGGUACGUGUGCGGGGAGGCCAGCGGCACAACCGUGCGAAGCGGCAGAAGGAGCAGACCCUCACCGAAAGUGCGUCUUCAGCCUGGGCAAAGGUCUCCGGGGCAGGGGCGGCGGUGGCCGCUAUGAAGGAGGUGGAGAAGGUCAAGGAUUUGGAGGAAGAGAUCGAGUUGGACUUUCAUCCAAUGCGUAUCGAGAACAUCUCCAUCGGCCAGGAGUCCUGGACCUUCGCUCCGCAAAUCGACCUGCGGGUGAUCCGCGGAGAUCCCCGGCGCGGCCGGGCGGCACCGCACGAGGUGAACGAGGCGGUGUUCAAAGGGCCCUUUGUGGCGCAGGUGGUAUCGAAGGUUCCACGCGGGACCACACAGGACCCCACAUGGUCGGACUCCUUGCAUGUGACCUUCACCAAAGCGAAGGGGCUGUAUGUGCACAUCAUCCUCUCGGACAACCGCUUCGGAGUGGGCUUGGGCCCACUUACCGAGCUGCUGCUGACCCUGGGAGAGGUGCUGGACAUGCUGCGAUCCCCCUCUGUUCGCCGGCUCCAGAUGCAGCCCUUCACAGUAGACCAGACCAAAGUCAUCAUCCGUCCUCCGGUGGUCCUGGUGGCGCAGUUUGGAGGCCCACGGCCCAGCUUUCAGCGCUUUGUGCACGUCAUCCGCGCGGAGAGCCUCCCGGAGGAGUCGUUUCUGCUGGAGGUGGAGCUGUUGGCCAACAAUGGCGAUGGCUGUGUGUUGGUUGCACAGCGCACUGACUCUCAGAGUGGCCCCGACCCCGUCUACCACCACUCUCUUUGCUUGGAUUGGGACGAUGAGGGCGACAUGGCGGUGAACUGCAAGGUGAUGCGUACGAGCCUCACCUCCAGCGAGACCUUUGCAGAGCUGCGAGAGAAGUUGCCCCAGGCGGCGCUUGAGCCGGUGGGCAGGUCCGAGCGACUGGAGAUGAGGUGCCUGGACGGCACAGGCACCAACGCGGAGGUGUCCCUUCACUUUGCCGACGUCAUGCCAGAGAUGUCGUUGAAUAUCACCAUCAGCUCCGCCACCGGCUUGGCGCCCAAGAGCGAGGCUUGGACCUUCAACCCAUUCGUGGAAGCCUGCGUCUUCAGCCGAGACCCCCGCCUUGGCAGCUUGGGCCGUGCCGCGCGCGUGGUCUUUGGACAGACGGAAAUCCUGAGCAACUGCCACUCGGACCCUCACUGGGAGCAGCCUAUUGUGCUGAAGAUCGUUCCUGAGCCGGGCCUCUUCCUGCGGCUCUCUGCUUGCUCCGAAGCGGCCCUGGGGGUGACAAGGGCAUGGGACGAGCUCGCGGAGGUGGUGAUGGAAAUGCCGGAGGUCAUGAAGCUUGCUCAAGGCUCCGUGGAGCGCAAGUACACCAUGAAGAGGCUCUUCGAGAUGAAGCGCCACGGGGACUCCGAGCUUUUCAUGAGCUUUGCUCAGGUAGGCGGCAAUGUCGCUGCCGCUGCCUUCGAGCGCACCGCUGCCGCUCACGCGACCCGCACGCGAGAUGGAGGAGUCGCCUCUCCGCGGGCCGGGCGGCCGGUGCAGGGGGAGCUUAUGGCGAGUGGGAGUCCCACAUCAAAGCACACGGCGGUGCAACUUCCCAUCGCUGGUGGUUAUGCGCUUCCUCCGCAGCCUUCCAUCCAAGGGUUGCAGCCCUUGGCGCAAGUGCUCACAGUGCACGGCCAGGAGGUGCCCGAUGUCAUCGCGCAGCUGUACGGCCCACCGCAGCAGCCGAGGUACCUGCAAUCCGCCGGCUGGCCGGCUCCUCCUCCUCCUCCGGCGAGCGCGAAGCCGAGCCCCCUGCCGCCAGAGGAGCUCUCACUGGCGCUAUCCGCAGGGGCUAAAGCAGGGGCGCAGGUGAAGGGUAACGUGCCAAUGAGCUUCUUCAGCUUGCCGGGGAAUCCGCACCUGGCAUGGCUCGCACGCCGCUGACUCACUCGUCGCAGGACCUCUUCUUGAUCAGCGAGUCUCGGGCAUGGCGUCUGUUGGCAUGGAGCCGGCAAGGAGCAACAUCGAAAGCGGCGAGACGGAGAUCACCUUGACCGAACAGUGACGGAAGCGCGGCUUGGCUGCCCAUGGUCGACUCAUGUCGACUCAUGGUUGGCUGCGGACUGUAUCUCAGCAUCCCUCAAAAGGCGAUGGAUGCGUUUUUUCCUUAGGCCGUCCGGAUCAAGCAAAGGUCCCACUCGCUUUGAUUCGCCCGGAAAGCUGCAGACGGCCCCGA